UUCACCUGUUCAACAAUGUAACCAUCUUCCUAAGCCUAUACCCGGCCCCAGGCCGAGAGACUCCUUGCCUGAGGAGAUUCUUACAACUGCUGCUUGAUGUCUCUGAAGACUCUGGAGAGAUGGUCAUUCUGCGGCAGGGCGACUAUGUCUGGCUGGACCUCAAGACGGGUCGGGAGUUUGAUGUUCCGGUUGGAGCGGUGGUUAAGCUGUGUGACUCCGGUCAGAUCCAGGUCCUGGACGAUGAAGGAAAUGAGCACUGGAUAUCUCCUCAGAACGCCACAAACAUUAAACCCAUGCACCCAACAUCUAUCCAUGGGGUGGAGGACAUGAUCCGCCUGGGAGAUCUCAACGAGGCCGGGAUCCUGCGGAAUCUCCUCAUCAGAUACAGGGAGCACCUCAUAUAUACUAACUGCGGAGGGAGGACAUACACUGGAUCCAUUUUAGUGGCGGUGAACCCCUACCAGCUGCUGCCCAUCUACACCCCGGACCAGAUACGCCUGUAUACCAACAAAAAGAUCGGAGAAAUGCCCCCCCACAUCUUCGCCAUAGCCGACAACUGUUACUUCAACAUGCAGCGAAACAGUAAGGACCAGUGUUGUAUCAUUAGUGGUGAAUCCGGCGCUGGCAAAACUGAGAGCACCAAACUGAUUCUCCAGUUCCUGGCGGCGAUCAGCGGUCAGCACUCCUGGAUAGAGCAGCAAGUGCUGGAGGCCAACCCCAUCCUAGAGGCAUUUGGCAACGCCAAGACAAUCCGCAAUGACAAUUCCAGCCGGUUCGGGAAAUAUAUUGAUAUUCACUUCAAUAAGAAAGGAGCCAUUGAGGGAGCGAAGAUCGAGCAAUAUCUCCUGGAGAAAUCACGUGUGUGCAGACAGGCUCAAGACGAGCGGAACUAUCAUGUGUUCUACUGUAUGCUGAAAGGGAUGCCGCCAGAUCAGAAGAAAAAACUAGGCCUAGGCAAAGCGACGGACUACAACUACCUCUGCAUGGGAAAAUGUACUACGUGUGACGGCAGAGAUGACAGUAAGGAAUAUGCCAACAUUCGUUCUGCCAUGAAAGUCCUGAUGUUUACCGAUACUGAGAACUGGGAGAUCUCCCGGCUUCUGGCUGCCAUAUUGCACAUGGGUAACCUGCGCUAUGAAGCGCGUAUGUACGAUAACCUGGACGCCUGUGAAGUGAUUUACUCCACCUCAUUAACUACAGCAGCCAACUUACUGGAGGUUGAGCCUCAAGAUGUGAUGAAUUGUCUCACCAGCCGGACCAUUAUCACUAGAGGAGAGACCGUGUCCACUCCCUUGAGCAUGGAGCAAGCUUUGGAUGUCAGGGACGCCUUUGUUAAGGGAAUAUAUGGACGACUAUUUGUGUGGAUUGUGGAUAAAAUCAAUGCCGCUAUUUAUAGACCACUUUCCAAUGAACCAAAGGCGGUCAGGAGAUGCAUCGGUCUGCUGGAUAUAUUUGGGUUUGAGAACUUCACUGUAAACAGCUUUGAGCAGCUUUGCAUCAAUUUUGCCAAUGAAAACCUGCAGCAGUUCUUCGUGCGCCAUGUCUUUAAGCUGGAGCAGGAGGAAUACAACCUGGAGAACAUCAACUGGCAGCACAUCGAGUUCACCGACAACCAGGACGCCCUGGACAUGAUCGCCAUCAAACCCAUGAACAUCAUCUCGCUUAUCGAUGAGGAGAGCAAAUUCCCCAAGGGUACAGACACCACGAUGCUCUACAAACUGAACAGCCAGCACAAGCUCAACACCUUCUACAUCCCCCCGAAGAACAACUACGAAACCCAGUUCGGGAUCAAUCACUUUGCGGGGAUAGUUUACUAUGAAACAAAAGGAUUCCUGGAGAAGAAUCGGGACACUCUUCAUGGAGACAUCAUUCAGCUCGUUCACUCAUCAAAGAACAAGUUCAUCAAGCAGAUAUUCCAGGCGGAUGUGGCGAUGUUUCUCUGUGGCUAUCCCAGCACUGCUUUUGGCCAAUCAUCUACCCCUCCUGCAAAGGGGGCUGAGACCAGGAAACGUUCGCCCACCCUGAGCAGUCAGUUUAAGCGCUCGCUGGAGCUGCUCAUGAGAACGCUAAGCGUGUGCCAGCCCUUCUUCGUGCGCUGCAUCAAGCCCAAUGAGUACAAGAAGCCUUUGUUGUUUGAUCGAGAGCUCUGCAUCCGUCAGCUGAGAUACUCGGGAAUGAUGGAGACUAUCCGGAUCCGUAGAGCUGGGUACCCCAUACGUUACACCUUUGUGGAGUUUGUUGACCGAUAUCGGGUGUUGAUGCCGGGGGUGAAGCCUGCUUACAAACAGGGGGAUCUGCGGGGAACGUGUCAACGCAUAGCGGAGUGUGUGCUGGGCAGGGAUGGCGACUGGCAGAUUGGAAAAACUAAGAUCUUCUUAAAGGAUCACCAUGAUAUGUUACUGGAAAUCGAAAGAGACAAAGCCAUCACUGACAAGGUUAUCCUCAUCCAGAAGGUGGUGCGGGGCUUUAAGGACAGGUCCAAUUUCGUAAAAGUUAGAAAAUCGGCUCUACUGAUCCAGAGAUAUUGGAGAGGAUACAACUGCAGAAGAAACUACACCGUGAUGAAGGUAGGAUUCCUGAGGCUUCAGGCCCUUUACCGCUCCAGGAGACUUCACCAGCAGUACCAUAUCGUUCGCAAGAGGAUCAGCGAUUUCCAGGCACGAUGCCGAGGGUACUUGGUCCGAAGGGCUUUCCGACACCGACUGUGGGCGGUCUAUACCAUUCAAGCCUAUUCCAGGGGGAUGAUCGCCCGAAGACUCUACAAGCGCCUUAAAGGAGAGUAUCAUCGUCGCCUGGAAGCGGAAAAGCUUCGUCUUGCGGAAGAAGAACGUCUCAAGAAGGAGAUGAGCGCAAAAAAAGCCAAACAGGAAGCCGAAAAGAAACACCAAGAGCGCCUCGCCCAGUUGGCCCGUGAAGAUGCGGAGAGAGAAGUGAGGGAGAAGGAGGAGGCUCGGAGGAAGAAGGAGAUGCUGGAUAAGAUGGAAAAGGCCAGAAAUGAACCGGUCAAUGACUCCGACAUGGUGGACAAAAUGUUCGGCUUUUUGGGAACCACAUCGUCACUGCCCGGGCAGGAGGGGCAGGCGCCAACAGGUUUCGAGGAUCUGGAGCGAGUCCAAGGAGAAAUGCAGGAGGAGGAUUUAGAUGAUUCUCUGCCUCUCCCAGAAGAGGAGGAAGAAGAUCUCUCGGAGUACAAGUUUGCAAAGUUUGCAGCCACCUACUUCCAAGGGACCACGACUAACACCUACAUCCGCAGACCCUUAAAGCAGCCGCUGCUCUACCACGAGGAUGAAGGAGACCAACUGGCGGCUCUGGCUGUUUGGAUCACUAUUCUCCGCUUUAUGGGAGAUCUUCCGGAGCCGAAGUAUCACACGGCGAUGAGUGACGGGAGCGAGAAGAUCCCAGUGAUGACAAAGAUCUAUGAAACCCUGGGGAAGAAGACCUAUAAGAGAGAACUCCAGACCCUGCAAGGAGAGGGCGAGAGCGCUCACAUUGACGGCCUGAAGAAGAACAGUGUGCGCCAUAAGCUGGUUUCCCUCACCUUGAAGAAGAAGUCCAAGUUAACCGAGGAGGUGACCAAAAGACUCCAUGACGGAGAGUCCACGCUACACGGGAACAGCAUGCUGGAAGACCGGCCCACCUCCAACCUGGAAAAGCUCCACUUCAUUAUCGGGAACGGCAUCCUGAGACCGGCGCUAAGGGAUGAAAUCUAUUGCCAAAUCUCCAAGCAGCUCACCCAGAACCCCUCCAAAAGCAGCCACGCCCGCGGCUGGAUCCUCAUGUCCCUGUGUGUGGGAUGUUUUGCCCCCUCUGAGAAGUUUGUUAAGUAUUUGAGAAACUUUAUAAACGGCGGGCCACCGGGGUAUGCCCCAUACUGUGAAGAGCGCUUGAGAAGGACAUUUGCCAAUGGCACCAGGACGCAGCCCCCCAGCUGGUUGGAGCUUCAGGCCACCAAAUCCAAGAAGCCCAUUAUGCUCCCUGUGACGUUCAUGGAUGGGACGACUAAGACGCUUCUCACGGACUCGGCCACCACGGCCAUGGAGCUCUGCAACUCGCUGGCCGACAAAGUUAACCUGAAGGACAAAUUUGGGUUCUCCUUAUACAUCGCUCUGUUUGAUAAGGUGUCCUCGUUGGGCAGCGGGAAUGACCAUGUCAUGGACGCCGUUUCUCAAUGCGAACAGUACGCCAAGGAGCAGGGCGCGCAGGAGAGGAACGCCCCCUGGAGGCUUUUCUUCAGGAAGGAAAUCUUCACCCCAUGGCACAAUCCUACAGAAGACAAUGUGGCAACUAACCUGAUCUAUCAGCAGAUUGUGAGGGGAGUGAAGUUCGGGGAGUACCGGUGUGACAAGGAGGAGGAUCUGGCGGAGCUGGCGUCUCAGCAGUACUACGUAGAUUAUGGGUCAGAGCUGAUAAUGGAAAGACUAUUAAAUCUCAUCCCGUCCUACAUCCCGGACCGUGAAAUCACCCCAUCCAAAAAUGUGGAGAAGUGGGCCCAGUACAUUAUCGCCGCACACAAAAAGGGUAUAUACGCCCAGAGGAGAUCGGAUGCGCAGAAGGUCAAGGAGAACGUGGUGGACUUUGCGCGCUUCAAGUGGCCUUUGCUGUUUUCCAGAUUCUACGAGGCCUUUAAGUUCUCAGGGCCGAGCCUACCGAAGAACGAUGUGAUCGUGGCGGUGAACUGGACCGGGGUGUACUUUGUGGACGAGCAGGAGCAGGUUCUGCUGGAGCUGUCCUUCCCCGAGAUCACAGCCGUUUCCAGCAGCAGGGGGAGUAAGCUGCAGGGGCAGAGCUUCACCUUGGCCACUAUAAAGGGUGAUGAGUACACCUUCACUUCCAACAACGCAGAAGAUAUCCGGGAGCUGGUGGUCAUCUUCCUGGAAGGACUGAGGAGGAGAUCCAAGUACGUGGUGGCUCUUCAGGACAAUCCGAACCCUGCUGGAGAAGAUUCUGGAUUCCUCAGUUUCCACAAAGGAGACCUGAUCAUCCUGGACCAGGACACUGGGGAGUCGGUCAUGAACGCCGGCUGGGCUCACGGCUACAACGAGAGGACAAAGCAAAAAGGAGACUUUCCAACAGAGAGUGUGUACGUCAUGCCGAGCAUCACCAAACCCCCCUCCGAGAUUGUGACCCUGGUGACAAUGACCCCAGACCAGAGGCAGGAUAUAGUGCGGACAGUCCAGAUGACCACAAUGGAGCACGAGGAGAAGGUGAAGCCGUACACCCUGGAGGAAUUCUCCUACGACUACUUCAGACCACCACCGAAGCACACCCUGAGCCGGGUCAUGAUCACCAAGAACCGCGGGAAGGACAAGCUGUGGUGUUACACGCGGGAGCCCAUCAAACAGGCGCUCCUGAAGAAGGUGCUGAUGAGCGACGAGCUCUCCCAGGAGGCCUGCAUGGCCUUCAUCGCCAUGUUAAAGUAUAUGGGAGACUACCCGUCUAAGCGCAUGCGCUCGGUCAACGAGCUGACAGAUCAGAUCUUCGAAGGUGCCUUAAAAGCAGAACCCCUAAAGGACGAGAUCUACUGUCAGAUCCUCAAGCAGCUGACGGAGAACCACAUCAAGUACAGUGAAGAGAAGGGCUGGGAGCUGCUAUGGUUGACCACUGGCCUCUUUCCACCCAGCAAUAUCCUACUACCUCAUGUACAGAGGUUCAUCCAGUCCCGGAAGCAGCAUGUCCUAGCGGCAGGAAUGGCUCCCGGAAGUAUCCACCACAUCUGGUUGAGGUAGAGGCCAUCCAACAUAAAACUACCCAAAUAUUCCACAAAGUGUACUUCCCCGAUGACACGGAUGAGGCGUUUGAAGUGGAAUCGAGCACCAAAGCCAAGGACUUCUGCCAAGAUAUUGCUAACCGUCUGCUUCUAAAGUCCUCAGAAGGCUUCAGUCUGUUCGUAAAGAUCUCUGAUAAGGUAAUAAGUGUCCCAGAAGGAGACUUUUUCUUUGAUUUUGUUCGACAUCUGACAGACUGGAUAAAGAAAGCCCGACCGUCCAAGGAUGGUAUAGUGCCUUCCCUCACCUACCAAGUGUUCUUUAUGAAGAAAUUAUGGACCAAUACAGUUCCUGGAAAGGACUCGAUGGCUGAUUCCAUCUUCCACUAUUACCAGGAACUUCCCAAGUACCUGCGCGGUUACCACAAGUGCACCCGGGAAGAUGUCCUCCAGCUGGCCGCCCUCAUCUACAGGGUCAAGUAUGAAGAUGACAAAUCCUAUUUCCCAAAUAUUCCCAAAAUGCUGAAGGAGUUGGUUCCUCAAGACUUAGUCCGGCAAUUGAAUCCAGACGACUGGAAGCGGUCCAUUAUUGCCUACUUCAAUAAACACGCCGGCAAGACGCGAGAGGAUUCCAAGGUGGCCUUCCUGAAGAUCAUCUAUAAGUGGCCAACGUUUGGUUCGGCUUUCUUUGAGGUUAAGCAAACCACCGAGCCGCACUUCCCCGAAAUCCUCCUGAUAGCCAUCAACAAACAUGGCGUCAGCUUGAUAGAUCCGAAGACGAAGGACAUUUUGGCCACCCAUCCUUUCACAAAGAUCUCAAACUGGAGCAGCGGGAACACUUACUUCCACAUAACCAUUGGGAAUCUGGUGAGAGGCAGCAAACUGCUGUGCGAGACCUCGCUGGGCUACAAGAUGGACGACCUGUUGACCUCAUACAUCAGCCAAAUGCUGACAUCAAUGAGCAAACAGCGAGGGGCUAAGGGCAGCAAGUGAAUUGAGAAGGAGCGUUGGCAUCUUGCGGUAGACCUAAUUCGCUGCCUGAAGUCUGUGGGGUAUCCAUGUAGCUGGGGUAAGACAUUCUCCCCCCAAGUCUGGGACAUGAGAAGACCUGAAUCCCAAAUCUCAUGUGAUACUGAAGGUUCAAACUCUCUAUCCAGCGAGGAUGACUACCUGUGAGGGCGGAGUCCCAAUAGGGGGCGCUGUUAUUUUGGAUGGACCCUUGGGCAUUGUGUGAGAGAAGACACAGGCCUUGGAGCCACCGAGCAGGACCAUGAAGAAGAGCGUGACGGAGGAGGCCCGAGAUACUCCAGAACACGGAGCCGACUUUUUAUAUAAAAUGUAUUAAACAGAUUAUAAUAUAUUCCAAAUUGCAGAGUCUUCUAGGAACCUCCCACUAUUUAAGAGUAAAUUUUACUUCUUUAUUUAUUUAACUUAAAAUGAUGACGUCACAAUUUGUUUUGAAAUUUUGAAUUUGAAAAAAAGAAAAAUACAAUUGAGAAAAAUUUGGA